CAACAAGAAACGUUAUAAAGAAAGUGAAGUAUGUUGAAGUGUCGUAUAUGGUGGGAGAGUUGAUUUGUAGAAUCUGUCAAGACGCGCUUUUGACCGUACACUUUUGGCGUAAACAGAAUUCGUUUGCUUUUUGUAUAUCUUGUCUUUCAUUUAUAUAUACUAUAAUCGAAAAGCAGUGCUUUUUUCUCUAGGGUUAAGAGACAGUAAUUUUGGUUUGUUAAUAAGGCUUUUCGCAAUUUUGGUCGACGGUCUAUCAUGGGAAACGGUCUAGUCAAGGGCUUUUCAAAGCCUUUUCAACGUAUUUUUGUCAAUAAAGAGAUGCGAAUUUUGAUGCUCGGUUUAGACGCUGCUGGUAAAACAACAAUCCUUUAUAAAUUAAAACUCAAUCAGAGCGUCGUGACUAUACCCACCGUAGGUUUUAAUGUUGAAACAGUCACCUACAAAAACAUCAGGUUCAAUGUAUGGGAUGUAGGUGGUCAAGACAAAAUCCGUCCCCUUUGGCGACAUUACUUUACCGGUACAAAAGGUCUCAUCUUCGUGGUGGAUGCUGCAGAUAGCAAUCGUUUAGCAGAAGCUCGUCAAGAGUUGCACAGAAUCAUUUCUGAUCGUGAAAUGCGAGAUGCUCUUUUGUUGGUUUUUGCAAAUAAACAGGAUUUGGGAAAUGCCCUUUCACCCCUUCAAAUUACUGAGAUUCUUCAGCUCGACAAGUUGAAAGACCGACUUUGGAAUGUUCAGCCAACUUGUGCUUUAACAGGAGAUGGCUUAUUAGAAGGAUUAGCUUGGCUAAGCCAAAAUGCAAAAAUCAAGUAAUGAAUAACCCUUUCGGGAAGUACACUUUUAAAUUAUCUUCAAUCGUUUCCCUUUAUAUCCCUUUUUGGCUAAUUCAUAAACCUGCUUCGUUGUCUCGUUUCGAAUUUAUGAAUCCCGCUUUUUUGAAUCCAUUCUUUUUCACCGCAAGCCAUAUGAUAUCCGUUCGCUAGGACAACUUUCUUUAUCGGUUGCUUUCUAAUUUAUUUUUUCCGUUUCCUUUUAGUACUUUAUGUGAUCGUUCUUGUUCUUUGCUAUUUAAGAUCAAUUUCGGUUACCCUUACUAUAUACCUCUGUCCAUAGUUUUGUGUAUAUAAUUUGCUCUUAGUAGCUAUUGAAAUUAAUUCCCUAUUUCAUUUCUUUUGGUGCUUACUACAAUUUACUUUGGUAUUAUAUUACCCUCUAUUUUUUUCCGUUGCAUAUA